AUGACCAAUCUGAUAUGCACCAAGUACACCUCCAUCUUACACCUUCUCGAAGAUCUCGUCCAUCACGAUACAUCGACAACCACCGACCUGAUUAUCUGUUCGACAAGAGAGGAGUUCCUGGACGAAGUCGUGACCCAACUCGAUCAUCAUCACCAUAACUCGUCGACGUCGGUUGGGCGGCAAGACGAAGAAGAUGCUCCUGAUCUCGUCCCGGCCAUGACAACCCCCUCCAGCAGUCAUGCUCUCUUGUCACCUACUCUGUUCCUCUUGAGUGCGAGCCAACGUUGUCGUCUUGCAUUCUGUCCUUCCAUCACCACUCUUCGUGGCUAUCUAUCUAGCUAUCCUCCUGGCCACUUCAUUACACCCGAACUCAAAGUCCAUUGCAACGGCCACCACAUCAUGAUCGUCAACCUCCUGAGACAACACCACGGCACUACAGAAUUCACCCUGCAAGGUCUGUCGCACACUUUUGCGAGCGCCGUCUCAGCGGCUCAUAGAACGAGACGAUCACUCAGGCUCGUCGAACUGCGGGGUGACAUUGCCAGCGACAAUCACCAUUCAGACCCGGACCAAGGUUCAGGACUCUGGCAAGCCCAGGUACCGCUUCUGAGUACGUCCAUCAAGAUCCGCGACGAUGGAGCAUCCUGGGGUCGUCGAACAGUGUCGGUUGAGAAAGUGGCCUCGCGUUGGUUUCGACUUGAAAGCGGGUAA